AUGUCGGCGGAAGAAGACACCGAAUUGAGGGAUAUGGUCGCCCAAACAUUGGAAAGUAAGGGUGUUCUAGGAAAAAUCAGGGUAAGAUAAUUAGCAGUUUUAAAUUACAAAGAAUAUUAAUUUGAAUUAUUUAUCAUCAAUUGAUCUUUUCUCCUCCUGGAGUAAAGGUACAGGCCAUUAUUUUCAUAUGACGCGAGCAGGCACCGAAAGAAUAGCAUUUUUUUUUGUAAAAUGUUUUUUGUUGGUUUUUUUGAGAAUUAGAUGGUGAUUUUUUUUUACUUUUUGGUCGUUAGUAUCGUGCCAUUCAAAGAAGGAAGUUCUAGUAUCGUGCCACUCAUUCGAUUUCACCGAAAAUUUCUGAUUAUAUAAGUGUUUGAUCUAGUUGAUUUUUAGCUCAAUUUUUAAUUCUCUAGCAUGUUUUCCCUACGUCAAGCAAACCGAUUGAGAAAUAAAUUACUUGUGCCGAUUAACACUUCAUUGUGCUGCUGAAUUUCUCAAUCGUGUAAUCAAAGAUGUGAUAUGAAGGAUUGAAGGGUUGCAGUGAGCCUUUAGAUAAAUUCUGCGAAUUUAAUUUGUGCUUCUUUUUGCCUCUUCUUCGCACAACGGUUGUUGACUGUGCAUUCAAUUUUCGAUCAACUAAAAAUGCAAUCCAUCGUGCUCUUUCAAUUUCUUGGAAACCACAGUGGCUGUAGUUUAACGUGCGGCAGGUAUGAUUGUUCUUAUUUAAACGAGCUAAAUUUUUUGUCAAGCAAUUUAUUGAUAUACACCGGCAUAUUGUUAAUGGUACUAUACACUUGGAAGUAGAAUGUUUACAUAUAUAGGGAAAGUGAUGUUACAGUCAUUACUUUUGACAGGCACAGCUCAGAGCAAGCGUGUUUUUAGCUUUAGAGGAACAAGAAGGAUCAGAGGUUGGUUUCUGUAAUGUAUAUUAUACAUUGCUCAGCAAUAUAUGCCUUUCCUUUGAUGUACAAUUCUCUAUAGAGGCUGAAUCUGCAGUCAAGGUUUUUCAGUCUGUCUGUCUCUCUGUUAUUAUGUCUGCUUGUUAAAAGAUCAUCAAGUUGACAUCAAGCUGAUCAUUACUGUGUGUUUCAAUCGUAAGAUGAAAUACAAAGUAUGAGAGAAUGUAAGGAACUUGUUUGCACAGGGAAGGUAGUAUUCAUGUUGGCAAAGGAUCAUUUGCUUUCUAAACUUGUAGUUGAAGGAAACCUGCAGUAAAUUGUCUCUUUCUUGUUUUAGAGCAAAAUCCAACUUGUAAAUCCUGACCUGAAGAAGUUUUUAGGUACAGGUGAAGGUAACCAAAUCACUUUGUUUUUGUCUUAAUGUGAGUAUUUUUUCUUUUAAAAAACACUCAGUUCUUAAAAAAAGACAACAACAUGUAUAUAAUAAAUUGUUCUUUCCUUCUUGUCCCAUAGGACGGCUUGUAACAGGUUUAGUCCGAGAGUUUCUGGAGUACUUUGAUCUUGAUUUCUCUAUCGCAGUUUUUGAUCCAGAGACUGAUUUUGUAAGUUGAAGAUAGCACAAACAUUAUUACACAUUUUUGAAUGUCAGUUUACUCCUAAGAUCUGAUUGUUAAUUCUCUGCUCUGGUUGCAACACAUUUUCUGGUAAACUAGUCAUGAGAAUUUGGUGUUAGAUCAAGAUAACAACUUCUACCUGAUAAGUUUGAAUAUUCUCAUUACCUGUUUGCUGGAUAAUGCAAUGCCUAGGCUAUAAUUGUCCUCAAAUGUCAGAUGGAGUAAUCUUCAUGGUGCAACAAUCCAGGCAAAGUACCAUUGGUAUGUAAGCCACACCUUUUAUCCCAAAAAUUUUUGUAACGAAUCAGGGGUGCAGUUUAUCUGCAGGAACACCUGCAAAAGGUGCUGCAAAUUUAUCUAAAUUGACCUUAUUCCUCAAAAAUUUAUGAGUUUAACAAAAACUUUGUUGAAAAAUAUGCGAGGAUAGAUAGGUCAUUGAUUCUGCUAGUUUGAUGGAUCCUAAAAGAGUGGUUUUUCAUCAAGUGAAGUACCAAUUUUACCUAUUUUGUCUUCAGAGCGACAAGUAUCCAGGACGAAACAACCUUGCCAGGGAACUGAAGCUGAAUGAUGUUGACAACACAUCUGGAAGCCCACUGUUGGCAGAAGUCAUAAAGAGACUUUCACCAGUCACCAAUGGAGAGGUCAAAACUUCACCAAGGCAGAGCGCAGCUGACAGCCCAAGAAGCACCAGUCCCCCUAACUCAAAUAAGGUACAACUUGAUGGCAAUCUAAAUCUGAAAUGGUCAGUCAGAAAUUACACUUAACCUAUAUUCUGCGCACCACUAAGUUUUAAUUUCAAAUGUUAAAAUAAUUUCCAUACGUAUUUGAGUGGCAUUAGAUAUUGUAAAACAACUGAACAAAUUUGAGUAUCAAUUUCAUUGAAAACAAAACAAUGAUAAAACACUCUGCUUCAUUGGUGAGCCAAGUCAAGUCUUCUUUUCCCAUUUACAGAAUGGUACUUUCUUAAAAUGUAGCAUGCCAGUUGAUUAAACUCAAUGAAAUAUUUAACAUUAGAGCAUUUUUUGUUAAAGGGUGACAAAGAUGACCAGGGAGAACUUUCUUCAGACAGUGCAAGUGACGAUAGUAUGGUAAACUAAAUACUGUAAAUUUGAAAACAAAGGUUCACUCCAGCUACAAAUCCUAAGAUAGUAAAAUGAUGUUUUUCAUGAUUGAUAUAACCAUAAAUAUGAUAAUGAAUACACUAGAUUUUAAAAUUUUAAUUACCUAACUAGAGGUUUUUGAAAUAUGUCAAGAAAUAAUGUAAAGAACAGUAACUUACAAUGAUAAGAAACAAGGUUGAUGAAAAUCAAACAAAGGAAGGAGAGCAUGAAUAUACUUGACGGUUAGGAUACUUCCACAAAAUGACAGAGACACUCUAGGGAAAAAUCUUACUAAUUGGCACUAAAACUUAUUUAAAAAUGCUGAUUCUACACAGAGAUUGGAGUCUAGGAAACUGCUGACAGACAUUGCAUCAAAUAUUAAGUGGGAAAUUCCUAUUAACUCAAGGUCUUAAAACAUUAUGUGGCUAUUUAAGACAACUCAAGAAUAAAUCUAACAUAACCAGGCACCUCAUAAAAAUUAAUACUACUAAAUGACGUACCCAAAUAAAAUAACUAGAUCAUAAGUAUUUGUACAUAAUAUUUUUAAUUGAUAAUUGAAAAGUUACAUUAGAUGAUGCACCCUAAUUUUGCAUAAAUUAAAAUUACCGUUAUUGUAAUGAUAACAUAAAGAGCAAUUACAUUUAAGUUUUUAAUCCUAACUCUCAACAACAAUUUAACUACUAUCUGACUGUGUAAAAAGUUGAAUAACAAGCAAUGGACACUCAAAAAAGACCAGGAUCCCUUUUCCUUGUCUCUACUUCAUCUCUACUUUAAACACACAUUAAGUACAGUUCUUUCAGCAGAUAGAUGCCAUUAAAAUGAUGCAAAACUUUCUUUAGUAUGUCUGCAGCUGUUUCUUUUUGUGCCUCAAUGUACAUUUCUGCAAGACUAGUAUAGGAAUACAUAUUUUACUUUUCAAUGAUGCAUGUAUUUUAAGGUGCAAUUACUGAGAUAAAUUCAAAGUUUACCAACAAUGAAAACUGUAAGUCAGAAUCCUUGGAUGCAUCCAAUCCAAGCAUGUACCGUAAUUUCCGGCCAUUUACCUGCAUGGCCGAUUACCCGCACCGGCUAAUUAUUGCAUACGGCGAAAAAAAAAAGUCAACAGAUUACCCACACUGGUGGAUAACCCGCAUGUUAUGUUAUUGAACUUUUUGGUGGCGAAAAACAUGACAUUAAGGUGAUAAAUUUCAGUCUUUUAAAAGUUGUCUAAUCUAACCUUUGAAACAUAACCCGCACCUCCCUAUUACCCACAGUGGCGCGCGUUUAAUGCAAAAUCAACAGAUUACCCACAGGUAAACGACCGGAAAUUACGGUACUUCAGAUGCAAAUUUUGUAAACUAGCUCUUUGAUUGCAGAUCUUUCAACUCCACCUGUUGUCCCUUGAGCCCUCAUUCCUUUUUUUCAGUUUGAUUUUUCAACCUUUUAGCUCUCAAGAGUGACUAGCAUCUAAUUUCUCCUUACUAAUUAUAUUACCCCUGAAUCAAACUUGAAAGUCAUGAGAAUAGAGAAGAUGAUCACCAAAAAGCAGCUCUUGAUUGUUAAACAAAUUCUCUUUGUGAGCCUCUUUGGAAAUGUAUGCAAAACAGUAUGGAGAAUAUGCAUACUGAUGCUAGGGUGUAAAAGGUUAAGGAAGUCCCCUUACAUUUCUUCUUUCUCAGCAGAUUUCCAGUCCCAGACCAAGCAAAAUUCCACAAAGGGUUCGAGAUGAGAAAUCCAGCAAAUCUGACAAAAACCAAGACUCACUACUUGAAAUACUGAACUCUGAAAAGGAGCUAAAUUCACUUUCAGACUCAAGGAGAGACAAAAGUGGAAGAAGGUAUUUAUAAUAUUAAGUGUAACGCACCUUAGUCUGUGUAGGCAAUGGGUAAAGUAAUGUCCAAGGGAUAAUUCUUGAGGUUUAAUUUUUCAACUUUUUACAGUCGUGUUGCUGUAAUGAUUUUUUUCCUUUGUAAAAAUGUCUCAAAAAGAUCCAAAGUUAAAAUUUCAAUGCUGAUUUUGCAAAACUCUAUCACCUGUCUUUUUUUGUUUUGUUUUUUCCGGUUAGAACCUCUUAAAAUGACCAUAACACAUGACACAUUUCCACUUUUGUAUUUUUCAUUUCCUGGUUGCAAUCUAGUAACUGUUUAUUUAAUGUGCAUUUUCCAUGUAGAAGCCCAGAUGUAACCAUCGGAAGUGAUGAUGGAGAUGAUAUUUUUGCAGAUAUUCCAAUGAAGACAAAGUGAGUUUGCAGUGAGUCAGUGAGCAACCCAAGUCUACUUUUAACAACAACAAACUUAAUUUGUUUCUCACAUUAUACUAUAUUAUCACAUUGGACUGGCCUGCAAAUUGGCAAGCUACUCAAGGUGGGCCAGUCAUUGUUUUUGAUGUUUGACUGUUGAUGAAUCUAACUCCUCUUUUAUUGGUCCUGAAAUUGGUGCCCAUUUUUCUUGUAGAGAGAGCGAAAAACAAGGGUUGAUGAAAGAAACAGGUAAUGGAAAAACAUGACACUGUUGUUGAAAAAAAAAUUCAUUUUCUUGUUGAGCACAAACCCUUUUAUCUGAGUGGUCCUCAUGAUCAUUUCUUUUUCUAAGGAUCCAAAUCCAAUGGUGGACUCUCCUCUCUGAAGGGUGCUCCUUCUCUUGGCUCUAGUGGGCUUGGCUCAUUGAAGGGUGCACCACCAUUGCCUGGAAUGAACAACAAUAACAGAGGUAGGAGAUUGAUGAAGGAAUUCUUUUGAUAAAGCCGGAUUCACUCAAAGAAAUGUCCUCACUAGUUUACUCUUGUCAAGAUGUCCUUUAAUUUGUACUGUUGUUGGAAAAAUAUGACAACUUCUUCAUGAACACUCUCUCUUGUCCCAGAACUUACAUGCUGUGUUUUUUGGAAAAGUUUUAGUGGGAGGAGAGUGGUAAAAAUUGGAAUCCAGUUGUAAGUUUAACAUUUUCAAUUCUUCUAACGCAUUUACUUAAUAACACUCUUUUUUCCUUUGCAGAGCCUUCCAAAUCACCCAACUGGCAGGACCUUGCCGACAUUGAUAGCAAGAUCAGCAAACUUGGUUUCGGUAAGAGAGCCCCCUGAGAAGUCUAGAUAUUAAAUGAACUUCUUCCCUCCGCUUCACCCUCAUUACAAUUGUGAUUAGUACUCACCAUAAUUGUUUCCAAAAAAAGACCGGCUUCUUUUGACAUCUACGUGCGAAAAAUUUGAGAGCUUAAAAUCAUAAUAGAAUCGAAAGGCUAGCAAUUUCAACUGACAAACCACGUGGACUUUUGAAAAUUUCGUGGGCUGUCUCAUCGUGUGCACUAGUGAUUGACUUGCGGCACACAGUCCGCGAAAUGAAACCAUUGGUUCUUUUGUUAGAAGGUAAACAAGUUAUUUCCGUUUGUAAGGUCACUCUCUGCUUCCCCUCUUAUACAUGUUCUUUUAUUAAGAUAUUCCGGAUGACGAUAAAAAUGGCGAAGCACCCGAUUACAAUGACGAUUAUGAGGAUGACUUCCACACCAGGUACUGUCCGUUUAUGUUGUUGCUGUUAUUGCUACAAUUUCUUUUUCGUUUUCAUCUGUUUUGUUUGCUUUUUUUUUCAGUUCAUUUUAAAUUCCUUCUUAAUUCCUGUCGAACAAAUCACGGCAUCAAAUUUGAGGGUUUUAAGUCCAAACUGGUUUGUCAAUUCCUUUGCUUAUUUUUGUUUGUUUGUUCGCAAACAGUGAUAUGAGCAUUCCGGAAGACAUCGACGAACAACUAUCUUCACUAAACGGUUACUUUACCUCAGAUCGUACUGUGUCUCAGGCCAGUGGGGAAGAUCUCGACUUUGCAGAAGACAUUUUGAACUUUUGAAGAGAUGCCAGUGAAAACGUGUAUAUUUGUAGUCAUGCCUGACGUCAGAACUGUCCCAACAGAUGAAGCGGUUCUGAUUUACGCCCGUUAAGUGUUGUUAAAAGAGGUUUGUAUUAAAAUUUAACGUUAGCGACUCUAUAUCCGUUGAAGUCCAGUUCCAUACGUAACCACAUCCGAAAACAUCCGUGUGAACAUUUCCUGAGAAGUAAUUCAGUAACUUCUGUAAAAUCAUGUUGCUUUCACGUGUUUCAUUCACAACUUUGUAAUAUAUACAAUUUUUUUUUGUAAAUAUAUAUGGUACCUAUGUAUUCCAUCGUGUAGAAAUGUAACCGCCAAUAGCAUGGUUACAGAAAAUAUCUUUUUAGCUAUGAAUUAAAGGUAUUGAAGUCAAC